UAUAGCGAUCGACAUCGCGCAGUUUAUAUCUGCCUCACCAGCUCUGGUUUCUCCACGUUCAGCCUUUCCCCCCGUCAACUGCCGCCAUGUUUUUUUUUAGGCAGGAUGACAGCAGAGAGCGAGCGUAGACGAAGACGGAUAUAAUACUGAAAAAAAACCCCGUCGAAUUACAGCAUUUCUUUUCGACCAGGCGACGGUCUAUUUUUUAUUGCGGACUCGCGAGGAACUCAUUUCUCGGUAUAUUUGCAAAUACCAAUGGCUGAAUUGUAGUAUUUUGUUUUCCUAUGGCGUAGGCACAUUUUUCCUAAUAUAUAUCCUUUUUUAUUUCAGGAUGGGAGGGAGUCCUCCCACAUAAAUAUAAAAUCCAGAAAUUAGUAUUUUCUCCGUUUUGAAGCUUAUGCCAUGAAAAAGCAAGAAGUCAGAAGCCUGUCUGAAGAAGAACAACCCAUUCCUGCCUGCGCUUAACUAACGUUACCUCUACCAGCGAGCCUACAGGAAUAACCAGACUAGUGAUCUCUGCAUGAGCAACUGCUUUACCACAAGCCACCUGCUGUUUCUAAAGCAAACUGAAGGAAGAAAAACAACUUUUAAUCUAAAGUGAGGAUACGACAGAACCUAUUUCAAAGAUGACGGGCAAUUUCCCAGUUGACAUGAUCAACUUGAGGCUCAUCUUGGUGAGUGGAAAAACAAAAGAGUUCCUGUUCUCGCCAAACGACUCCGCGGCCGACAUCGCCAAGCAUGUGUACGACAACUGGCCAAUGGACUGGGAAGAGGAGCAAGUGAGCAGUCCAAACAUCCUGCGCCUCAUCUACCAGGGCCGAUUCCUACACGGCAAUGUGACGCUAGGAGGUCAGAGGAACCGGGAAAAGACUGGAGAGAGCAACUGUUGUGUGAUCCUGUAAAUACAUCCCUUCAUCCCUCAGAACGAGUGUGUCCUGUCACCCUUCGCCCAUGCUGCUUAAACACAACUAAUCACACCUGACUCCCACGAGCACCUAACCAGAACAAGAGAUUAACUUCACCUGUAAAGGAAAGAAUCACCUGAGAGAGAGGGCGAGACACGGAUCAGAGAACAUUUCGGCUUUGCAUAGACCAUAUUUAAGCCAAAAAAUGCCAAAAAAUCUGAAAAGAAAAUACAUCCCACCUUCACACACACAUUUCCACCCUUUCUAACACCUUCACGUGCAUCCAUGAACUCCAACAGACCUGUAACUCAUUCAGACACACACACACACACACACACACUCCUCCCCUUCUGCCAGUUUGCACAUGGAGGAGGCCUUCGUUUCUGUUUUUUAUUGCACAUAGUUACAUGAAUGAUUCAGUGAGGAAAAUGAGACUCGUUUGCCUCAGCCGAGGCGCUUGAUUCUUCCUCUCAGGAGGGAGACGUGUGAGGGGGGAAAUAAAUUUACACAGGGUCUGACGAACUUUUCACAUUUAUCGACUCGCCACGCGCUCACCCGGCUUGGCUCAGAUCUGGUGCGGAGGUGGAAAGGCAUGCCGUCGCCUACGUCUGAAAUAAUAGCACUCGCUUCACCGACGGAUUAACCUCCGCUACAGUCGCCCUCCUGGACUGUUUUCGUCAAAUGCUAAUCUCCACACAUAGUCUUGUUGAUUUCAGCGCAGGAGAACAAGUAUUGAUGUGCCUGAUGAAUGUUUUAGAAAUGUUUAUUAUACAUUUCCGUGCAUUUUAAAUGCCCCAUUAAUGUUUUGGAGAUCCAGUGUCCUGCUUUAACAAGUUCCUGUACCCCAGAAGUGCUCGAUUUUAGCCGGUUCAGGUGUGUUUGAGCACAGUCGGGACUUUGCAGGUAGAUCUCCAGAAGUUGGUUGGAUUCACUCGUGGAAAGUCUAAAAUAUGUGUAAUGAGUAACGGUAACAUUUGCGACUGUGUUUUGACAGUCAAUCAGUGUUGCUUCUGGCCUCUUUAGAUAGAUCUGAGCUGCUCUCUUUCAGGAAAGGUAAUAAGAUUUAUCCCUUUAAUUUCUAAGUGUAGUGGUGUAAAUUAAUACUUGCUUUUGGAGCCAGAAGAUAACUAUGAAAUGAAGUUUGGCUCGGUUUCUAUUUCCCCUUCCUUGUUAGAUAUAAAAUUUGUUUGCACAACACAGAAACAUGAGCUGUUUCGUUUCUAAAUUGGUGUAAUAUUUCUUUCCCCUCCUCCCUUUUUAAUAUUUUUCCAAAUGGGAAUUGUAUUCGAAGGUUACAUAUGUGUAGAGUAUAUUUAAUAUGAAUCUUAUAGAGAACAUAACUAUAGAUUGUUGAUAUAUAUAUUGGUGUUUAGUGUAUGAUAGUCUCAAAACAGUUAGCACAUUAGCAUUUGGAGCAGUGACAGUUUCAUGUACUUUAAUAGCAGCAAAUCCCUCUCUAAUGGCUGAAGAAAUUACUGUUCUCUUAUUUUUUUCUUCAAAUGUUCAUAAUUUGAUAUGUUUUUUUCUUCCUUUUUCUUUUUAUGUGGUCUUUGCUUUUUGCUUUUUUAACACCGCACUAGGUCUGAAAAAUAUUGGUCCUUAUCAGGGUUCAAAUACAUACUGUACAGAGCUGAAGUUUUUAAAAAAGAUUGUAAAUAAACUAAUGCUUCUCAUUCUCUAAACUACAAAUGCAAAUACAUCUAUAAACUGAAUAAAGAAUCCAGAAUAUUGAAGUGAAA